AUUAGGGUUUAGAUUUUCCUCCGCCAUUGUUGCUAUUGCUCUGAAAUCUCAGCCGUCACUAGUAGUUGCUGUUAUCUGCAAACAGUGAGCUAGUGAGCCAUGGCAGUGGGGAAGAACAAGCGGAUCUCCAAGGGCAAGAAGGGUGGAAAGAAGAAAGCAGCUGACCCCUUUGCCAAAAAGGAUUGGUAUGAUAUCAAAGCUCCGUCAGUUUUCCAGGUCAAAAAUGUUGGCAAAACCCUCGUUUCUCGUACUCAGGGUACCAAGAUUGCUUCAGAUGGGCUCAAACAUAGAGUGUUUGAGGUUUCUCUAGCUGAUCUCCAAGGAGAUGAAGAACACGCUUUCAGGAAGAUUAGGCUGAGAGCUGAGGAUGUUCAAGGGAAGAAUCUCUUGACAAAUUUCUGGGGGAUGAAUCUCACCACUGACAAAUUGAGGUCGUUGGUGCGUAAGUGGCAAACACUGAUUGAAGCCCAUGUUGACGUGAAGACAUCUGACAACUACACAUUGAGGAUGUUUUGCAUUGGAUUUACCAAGAGGAGAGCUAACCAGGUUAAGAGGACCUGCUAUGCUCAGUCCAGCCAAGUUAAACAGAUCCGUAGGAAGAUGAGAGAAAUCAUGACCAACCAAGCAACAUCCUGUGAUUUGAAGGAAUUGGUCAGGAAGUUCAUUCCUGAGAUGAUUGGAAAAGAAAUUGAGAAGGCUACCACUGGUAUUUACCCAUUGCAGAAUGUGUUCAUCCGUAAAGUGAAGAUCCUUAAAGCUCCCAAGUUUGAUCUUGGAAAAUUGAUGGAGGUUCAUGGAGAUUACUCUGAAGACAUUGGCACAAAGGUAGACAGACCUGCUGAAGAAACAGUUGCAGAGGAACCCACUGAAAUUGUUGGAGCUUGAUUUAUUGUUAAUGUUGUUCUUUUUGUUUGAUUAAGGUUUCCUGUUACUUAUGUUUUUGAGUUAUAUUAAGUUUAAACUUAAUCCGAUCUUUUAAUUUAAGCAGAGCGCACAACAUUUUUUGACUCAAUUUUAUGUCUGGAUUAUGUUGGCCACCCUGAAAAAAAACAGAUAUUGAAAUCUUAUGCUUGAUAUGUA